AUGGAGACUCCACCGAAACCAGAAUUUUACUAUGAUUUUGAUGAUAUGAAUAAAAUAUCGGUGAAAGUAUCUUCCAAGUGUUUUCACAUCGAAGCAGUAGAUUUUCUAGAAAAUCAUUUCACCGAAGAAGAGAUGAAGCAUUUCACGGAAAAAUCUCAAUUUAGGCAUAUAUUCCAUAUGAAGAGGAAACAAUCUUUGAAGAUGAGUCUAAUGGUGGCGCUCAUCAAUCGCGCGGUGAAAACGAAGAGGGAAAGUGAGUUGUGGUUCGUCAUUAAUGGAGUCCCCAUUAGAUACUCCUUGUGGGAACAUGCAAUUCUAUGUGGAUUAAAGUGCAGUGAAUUGCCUAAGAAUUGGGAAAGACUUGGAGGGAUCAAUUUCUACAAGAAACACUUUGGUCAAGAAACGUUUGAAAAAGUUUCGAAGUCACAACUGAACAAGCACAGGAAACCGGUAAAUCAGUGGAAUUUACCAGGUUUCAUUAUCCCCCUCACUAUGCUACCCUUCGAAUGCAUUCCUAAACUUCACAGCGAUGGAUGGUACAGUGAUGUGAAAUUGGAAGGGAAUGACAUUGAGAGUUAUCUACAACCAUCAGAUGGUGAAACAGAUUUACUUACUGGUGUCUCAUUGAGGAACGAAGAAGAAGAUGCUCUUAUUGAUUGUUGGAUAUCUUAUUUGAUGGACGAUUCCAAAUCUGUGAAGUGGAAUGAUAUACUUGAGGAUGAUCUGGAAAAUACGACAAUCCCAGGAAAAUACGAAAAUCCCUUUGAAGUCGAUGCUAGAAGCGACUCUUUGAUUCAGAAGAUGACCGAGAUUAUGGGUGGGUUUGAAAAGGGUGAGACUUCAACUAAAUGUACAACAAUGCCUCCCGAGACAUGUGUGCAUGGAGAAGAUGUGAUUGAUGAACCGAACAUGGUAAUUUAUGAUGUUCUUAACACAUUAGCUGAAAAAGAGGGAGAGAAAGAGAGAGAAAACGAGGCUGAGCAAGAGGGAGAGAACGAGGCUGAGAAAGAGGGAGAGGAAGAGGGAGUGAACGUAGCUGAGAUAGAGGUUGAGGAAGAGGCUGAGAAAGAGGGAGAGGAAGAAGGAGUGAAUGUAGCUCAGAAAGAGGGAGAGAACGAGCCUGAGAAAGAAGUAGACAAAGAGAGAGAGGAAGAGGCCGAGGAGGAAGAAGUCGAGGAGGAAGAGGACGAGGAGGAAGAGGUGACUCCUCUAUCGUGA